AUGCAAGCACCGCACCUCGACCUCUGCAGCAGUGUCAGCCACCAGCUGUCCUCCCUCCUCCCUGCUGGGCGUGCCCGUGUAGGGAAAGCCAAGCGAAGGUCUUCACAACAGCGCAGCCUUAUACCACUGCUGCUGCUGCUGCUGCUGCUGCUAGUGAACAGGGUCAAGGCAGCUGAGUGGGUGACCAGCCGCCUGUGGAUAUAUGGCUGGUACUUUUUUUACCACAAGAAAUACUUUUGUGAUAUACCCAACGAGGUUUUCUGGUCUCUUGGCCAUCGAAGCCAUGGUGAGCGCGCUUCCGUUCGGAAACUUUCGGCUCCGGUCGGGCGCGACCGCCGCCGCCAGGUGGGGCGAGCGCGGCGCGCGCCACGACGCAGGCGGCGGGAGGCGGCGUCGCGGGCGGGCGGCGGCGUCGCGGCGACCCAGUCAACCGGCGGAGCUCGCGUGGGAGUGUGGCGCGUCAGGCAGCGGCCAGAGGCACAGGCAGAGGCAGGCCACGCGGGCCCAGCCCGGCCAGCGCCCACACCGCCGCCGACGCCGCCGCCGACGCCGACGCCGCCCCCCACUAGCGCCCGACAGCCCCGCGGAGCAAUGGGAGACAUCGGGGAGGAGGUGCUGCCGGAGGGCAAGAACUUCCGGCUGGCCACCGCCGACGAGCUGCCCGCGCUGCUCGACUUCCUCGAGAAGCACCUGCCGCACUCCCUCAAGUUCCACCAGACGCUGCGCACCUACAUGAACGACCGCGUCUGGGACUUCCACUUCUACGUCAGCAAGACGUGGCCCGACCAGCCAGUGUGCCUGCACUUCCCUGGGAUGACCAAUUCGCCGAACGGGCGACUGUACGAGAGCUUCUCGGUGUUCUGCCCGGCGGACCGCCUGGAGGAGCUGUCGCUGCUGGAGGAGGAGGACACGCUGCUGGACUGGUCGCAGCCGCUCUAUCUCAACUUCACGCACAGCGACAUCGUCGACCGUCUCGAGGCCUUCUACAGCCACAUCGGCACCGUCGAGAAGGUCCACGGCGACCUCUACGUGUACGAGCCGCCUGCCGCCGCAGACGCCGCCCCCAACGAACCCAUCGAAGAGCUGAAUGCAGAGGAGGCCGAGGUGCGGCAGCUGAGCCCAGAACAUGCUGAUGCCAUCCACGACUUGUACCCCGCAAAUGACCUCGAGAGCAUCGAGGUGUUCCGCCGGCUGCUGUCUGCGCUACCUGCCUAUGGAGUAUUCUCCGCAACAGGCGAGCUGGCUGCCUGGAUGGUGCAGUCCUACUAUGGUGCCAUGUUCUCCAUGCAAACACGGCCAGAGUUCCGACGCAAAGGCUACGGCCUGAUACUGGCUCGCCGGCUGUCAGCAGCAGUUGCAAAUCGUGGCUACCAGCCCUUUGUCGUCAUUCGACCCGAGAAUGAUGCUUCGCUGGGAUUGUAUGCCAAGCUGGGCUUCCGGAGGAGCUACUCGACAGUGCGAGUCAUCUUCCGGCCGCACGCAGCGGCUCGUGACAACAGCUAGGCCACUGCAGUCGUCGACACCACAUCCCCCUUCUCCGUCACCUGCUUCACCCUGCGUCUUCGCCCUGCCAUGCCCUGGGCACGGCUAGCACCGACGUGCCUUUAGCUGCCCUCGCACUUCCAGAGAUAAAGACUUUCUGCCCCAACACCUCUAGUCAGCCAGAUUUAGCGCCUAGCAUAUUACCUGUAAAGAACACUGAGCCAUUUGCUGCACUGUAGUACCUGACUUUGCUUCUGUGAUGUUUGGCUAUAUCAAGACAUACUGCAGCAAACCUGCAUUUUGACUGGAGAGAAGCAGCUGAGCAACUGGCAAACGACAGUGCACCAGUCCUCUGUUUUGUUCUGUAGGAGGAGUGGUACUUCUGUGCUGGUAUAACAUUUAAAUCUCCCAGUAGUAGGAACAUUUAAAAAAUUUCUCUGCACUGACUGCCAUACAGUUGACAUAAAAGCUGUGUUCUGUGCCAUUUUUGCUCUGGCGACACUAUUAGUAUUUGCUGAUAAUUUUCAUAUUCGAUAGCCUCAAUUUCACCAUUCAAAUAAAAUACUGGAAACGUCAUCUCCCUAUUCUGUGUUGCUGCAUUGGUAAGUCCCACUAUUAUUUGACAGUGAUGAGCUGUGAUACUCUGUAUCUAAGCUGCUUACUGGAUUGUCACAAUCAGUUAAAAGUACAUCUGAUUCAUUUAUUUAAAACUGCACAAUGAUUUCCACAGUUGCUGGUGGGCCACAUGUCAAUGUCCCUGCUUCUUGUAAUUUUAACAUGACUCCUAUAAACAGUUUAGAGUAUGUUGUUGUUUCAACCAGAAGAUAAACAAUGUUCAAAAUGCAUCAUCAAAAUUGAAAAAUAAACAGCAUGUGACUAUUUGUUACAGUGUAACAUAUAGUUCUUAGUUUAUGUCCCAGCAGUGGACGCUGGAACACAAAUAUAACUGAAGAUGUCCUUGUAUCAUCUCAUCUUCAGACUAAGCAUUUACAAAUAUAAUGAAAUGUGACGUAAAACAGACUUCACAACUGGUACCACUCUUUGGAGCAUGUUAAGAACAGGUCACUUUGUGUCUGGAACUAGGACAGAAGAAAACUGCUGUUUUCUGUAAUGAAUCUUCUGGUAAUGUGGACUGAUGAAUGUGCUUUCUUGGUGGUUAGUAAAUCACACUACCAACUAUCCACCCAACAAUUUCAUCCUGCAUUGUUAUAUUUUAAUAUUAACAGAACUUGGACAUCAGUCAUAUUCUUGACAGUUGAACACAGCUUUACUUACAACUUGACUUGAAAAAAUA